GGGAAGCUCCGCCUGCACUGAGGAACACUGGAAAACUUUCUCCACGCUGCAGAUUGCGCACUUAAACUUGGCAAUGGCGAACAAAUAUCCCGUUUAUGAUGCUACAGCAGCACCACCAGCCCCACGUUUGCUGCAUCGAUCUGCUCCACGUGUCAAAGAGCCCACGAGCAGAACAGGGAACUGUUCGUUCAACCUGGUUGAAGGAGCGAAGACACGAAACACAGAGGAGCUGAGGAUUGUGCUGGUGGGGAAGACUGGAUCUGGGAAGAGCGCCUCAGGAAACACCAUUCUUGGCUGUGACACCUUUGAAUCAGUGAUGAGCCCCAAGUCUAUUACUAAUGAGUGCUUCAAGGCCAGAGCAUCGGUGGACAGACAAGACGUCGUGGUGAUCGACACUCCAGGCCUGUUCGACACCAGGCAUGCAGUGAGCAAAACAUGUAGAAACAUCAGCCAGUGCAUCUCUUACGCUUCUCCAGGACCCCACGUCUUCCUGAUCGUCAUCGGACUGGGCAGGUACACGGAGGAAGAGAUGCAGACAGUGCAGCAGAUUCAGGAGCUGUUUGGCCAGGCUGCUGACAGAUACAGCAUGGUCCUGUUCACUCGAGGCGACAAUCUCAAAGGCACCCCUAUCGAGCAGUUCAUCGGAGACUCACCGGAACUGCAGGAGCUCGUGGCCAGAUGCCACGGCCAGUACCACUUCUUUAACAACAACCUGAAGACUGGCCCUCAGGUCCCCGAGCUGCUUCAGAAGAUCAGAAAUCUAGUGAGGAAUAAUGGAGGAAGCCACUACACCAACGAGAUGUUCCAGGAAGCAGAAAGAGCAAUCAAUGAGGAGAAACAGCGCAUCCUGGUUGAGAAGGAGGCAGAGAUGCGCAUCGAAAGGGAGCAACUGAGGAGCGACCUGCAAGCAGAACAUGAAGAACAGCUCAGGAAUCUCAAGAAACAUUAUGAGGCUGAAAGGAUGGAGGACAGGAAAGUGAGAGAGCAGGAAAGUCAGGCAAUGCAGGCCAGAUUGAAUGAACUGACAAGGGAGGGUGAGAGGUUUAUCAAUGCAAAGGUGGAGAUGGAGAUGGAGAGGCAAAGGGAGAAGCAAAAUAUGGAGCUGGUGCUGGCGAGGGACAGUCGGGACAGGGAGCAGAUGCAGGAGCAGAUGCAGAAUAUGUUUAUGGCGUUAAGCAUGCAGAACAAUCAGACCUUGAUGGCGAUGCAGAAUCAACAGCAGCAGCAGCAAUUGGAGAUAGAAAGGCAGAAAAUGGAGCUGCAGCACAGAGAUGAUGCAGCGAGGAUGGAGAGAGAGCUCGAUGGAGCUGGAUGGGAAGCAGAAUAUGAUGAACAGUUCAUAAAUAAUGAAUAUUACGAGGUUGAAGGGAUGGAGGACAGGAGAGCGAGAGAACAAGAAGAACAGGCAAUGCAGUCCAGGUUGAAUAAACUGACAUGGGAGGGUGUAAGGUUAAACAAUGCAAGGAUAAAGAUGGAGGUGCAGACGCGCAGGAAGAAGAAAGAUAUGAAGCUGGUGCUGGCGAGGGACAGAUGGGACAGGGAGCAGAUGCAGAAUACGUUUAUGAUGUCAAGCAUGCAGAACAAUCCAACCUUAAUGGCGAUGCAGAAUCAACAGCAGCAGCAGCAACUGGAGAUAGAAAGGCAGAGAAUGGAGCUGCAGCAGAAAAAUGAGGCAGCGAGGAGGGAGAGGGAGCUCGACAGACACCAAAAGACUUUAACUUUCACCGUGCUGCAGAUUGCGUCCUUAAACCCGACAAUGGCCAGCAAAUAUCCCAUUCAUGGUGCGAAGAAACCAACCACCGAGGAGCUGAGGAUUGUGCUGGUGGGGAAGACUGGAUCUGGGAAGAGCGCCUCAGGAAACACCAUUCUUGGCUGUGACGCCUUUGAAUCAGUGAUGAGCCCCACAUCUGUUACUAACGAGUGCUUCAAGGCCAGAGCAUCGGUGGACAGACAAGACGUCGUGGUGAUCGACACCCCAGGCCUGUUUGACACCAGGCAUGCAGUGAGCAAAACAUGUAAAAACAUCAACCAGUGCAUCUCUUACGCUUCUCCAGGACCCCACAUCUUCCUGAUCGUCAUCGGACUGGGCAGGUACACGGAGGAAGAGAUGCAGACAGUGCAGCAGAUUCAGGAGCUGUUUGGCCAGGCUGCUGACAGAUACAGCAUGGUCCUGUUCACUUGAGGUGACCUUCUCAAAGGCACCCCUAUCGAGCAGUUCAUCGGGAAGUCCCCAGACCUGCAGGGGCUCGUGGACAGAUGCCACGGCCAGUACCACGUCUUCAAUAAUGACCUGAAGACUGGCCGUCAGGUCCCCGAGCUGCUUCAGAAGAUCAGAAAUAUAGUGAGGAAUAACGGAGGAAGCCACUACACCAACGAGAUGUUCCAGGAAGCAGAAAGAGCAAUCAAUGAGGAGAAACAGCGCAUCCUGGCUGAGAAGGACGCAGAGAUGCGCAUCGAAAGGGAGCGACUGAGGAGGGAACUGCAAGCAGAACAUGAUGAACAGCUCAGGAAUCUCAAGAAGUAUUAUGAGGCUCAAAGAAUGGAGGACAGUUGGGACAGGGAGAAGAUGCAGAAUAUGUUUAUGAUGUUCAGCAUGCAGAACAUGCAGCAGCAGCAAUGGGAGACAGAAAGGCAGAGAAUGGAGCAGAGAGAUGAGGCAGCGAGGAGGGAGAGGGAGCUCGACAGAGCUCGGUGGGAAGCAGAAAAGGCUGAAUUAAAGGCACAGUAUGAAAGAGAGCGGAAAGACAAGGAAAAAGCUUUGGAGGAGAAGCAUCAAAGAGAGGCCAGAGAAAAAGCUGAAGAUAGAAAUCCAGCGAUGGCCUUGGUUGGAGUAGUUAAGAAAGUGGGAGUCUUUCUUAGGUCCCUUUUUCCAUCCUUCAGACCUCCCUCUCCCAGGGCGCAGUCCCAGGCUAGACCCCUUUCCACUGAGGUGAGGGGCGCCCGACUAGUGUUAGUUUUGAACAUUUUGAAGGUAAACGGUAGUUUGUUAUUUUCCUGCUUCCAAACAGGAGCGAUGACACGAACCACUGAGGAGCUGAGGAUUGUGCUGGUGGGGAAGACUGGAUCUGGGAAGAGCGCCUCAGGAAACACCAUUCUUGGCUGUGACGCCUUUGAAUCAGUGAUGAGCCCCGUAUCUGUUACUGACGAGUGCUUCAAGGCCAGAGCAUCGGUGGACAGACAAGACGUCGUGGUGAUCGACACCCCAGGCCUGUUCGACACCAGGCAUGCAGUGAGCAAAACAUGUAGAAAUAUCAGCCAGUGCAUCUCUUACGCUUCUCCAGGACCCCACGUCUUCCUGAUCGUCAUCGGACUGGGCAGGUACACGGAGGAAGAGAUGCAGACAGUGCAGCAGAUUCAGGAGCUGUUUGGCCAGGCUGCUGACAGAUACAGCAUGGUCCUGUUCACUCGAGGCGACCUUCUCAAAGGUACCCCUAUCAAGCAGUUCAUCGGGAAGUCCCCAGACCUGCAGGAGCUUGUGGCCAGAUGCCACGGCCAGUACCAUGUCUUCAAUAAUGACCUGAAGACGGGCCCUCAGGUCCCCGAGCUGCUUCAGAAGAUCAGAAAUCUAGUGAGGAAUAACGGAGGAAGCUACUACACCAGCGAGAUGUUCCAGGAAGCAGAAAGAGCAAUCAAUGAGGAGAAACAGCGCAUCCUGGUUGAGAAGGAGGCAGAAAUGCGAAUCGAAAGGGAGCAACUGAGGAGCGACCUGCAAGCAGAAUAUGAAGAACAGCUCAGGAAUCUUAAUCUGUGUUAUGAGGCUCAAAGGAUGGAGGACAUCAGAGUGAGAGAGCAGGAAAAUCAGGCAAUGCAGGCCAGGUUGACUGAACUGACAAGGGAGGGUGAGAGGUUUAUCAAUGCAAAGGUGGAGAUGGAGAUGGAGAGGCAAAGGGAGAAGCAAAAUAUGGAGCUGGUGCUGGCGAGGGACAGUCAGGACAGGGAGCAGAUGCAGGUGCAGAUGCAGAAUAUGUUUAUGAUGUUAAGCAUGCAGAACAAUCAGAACUGGAUGGCAGCGAUGCAGAGUCAACAGCAGCAGCACCAACAGGAGCUAGAACGGCAGAGAAUGGAGCUGCAGCAGAGAGAUGAGGCAGCGAGGAUGCAGAGGGAGCUCGACAGAGCUCGGUUGGAAACAGAAAAGGCUGAAUUAAAGGCACAGUAUGAAAGAGAGCAGAGAGACAAGGAAAAAGCUUUGAAGGAAAAGCAUGAAAGAGAGGCCAGAGAAAAAGCUGAAGAUAGAAAUCCAGUGAUGGCUUUAGUGGACGGUGCAGUUGGUCUGUGCAAGAAGGGCUUCAACUUCAUUAAAGGCAUUUUUAAGUAGUUUAAAAGACAUAGAGAAAGAUUUCAGGGUUGACGCAGGGGACAAUAGUUAGAGCACAUGCAUUUGUCUACCUGCAGUUGUUCAGAAAAAUGGCCAUGAUGUUCACUAGUUAUGCCUGAAUUUUGUUUUCCUCUGUCACCGAAUCUCAUUAAAUUUGCUCAUGCAAUUUCUUUAUAUGUAGUAAAAAAUACACCACAAGCUUCAGCUAAUCUUUCAUCCUGUUGAGAAACACAGAUUUGUGAUGUCUAUAAACUGUAAUCUAUAACACAAAAUAAAUGUCAAAAACAA